AUUCCCUGUCAAUGCGAGAGGAGCCAGUUAUUCAGAGCUAAGAUAUCAGCUGAAAUAUUUAUCGAAUGUUUUGGAAGUUGGGUUGGGACGCAGCCAGGUAAAAUACAUCAGCGUUUGGAAUAAGAAACGCGCAACGGCAACGGCAAACUCUAGAUCUGAGGUGGUGAGGUUGGAAACAUCAGUACAUCACAAUGGCUUUCGAAGAUAGGUGGACAAGAGGAAAGACUUUUACAAUACUCUCAUUGUUCCAGAUUUUAUUUGUGAUUCUGUUUGGAAUAUUUGUUGAAUAUGACAGCGAUGCUCAGCCUAAACAUGGCUCCAGAGGGCAUGAUAGCCUGCCGUUGUCUACGGGACCAACCUACGGAAUGUUCCAAGAUGUCCACGUUAUGAUAUUCAUUGGCUUCGGCUUCUUGAUGACGUUCUUGAAGCGUUAUGGCUAUAGCGCCGUUGGGUUGAAUAUGUUGGUGGCAGCGUUUGUCCUACAAUGGGCCACCCUCAUCAUUGGAUUCUUUCAUCUUAACGAGAGGAACAUGAUCGUAGUCAACAUGGAAACUUUAUUAACAGCUGAUUUCGCGGCAGCUGCUGUGCUGAUCUCAUUUGGUGCAGUGCUAGGCAAAGUCAGCUUGGUGCAGGCUAUCAUCAUGGCCUUCUUUGAAAUAGUAGUUUUCCAGGCCAACGAAUAUCUGGGGCUUAAAGUCUUCAAGGUAACUGAUGUUGGAGGAUCCAUGUUCGUCCACGCAUUCGGGGCUUACUUUGGUAUUGCUGUUGCACGUGUAUUGUACAACGACGAGCUUCACGAUGAGAUUCAUGAUCAUCACAAAUGGGCCCCUUGCUACCACUCCGACCAUUUCUCAAUGAUAGGGACCCUGUUCCUUUGGGUGUUCUGGCCUAGUUUCAACAGCGUUGUGUCGGCCACUGACGAUGGACGCUACAGGGCUGUCAUCAACACAUACUUUGCCCUCUCUGCUGGGGUCAUCAUGUCGUUCGCAGUCUCAUCCCUCGUUGAUAAGAAAAGCAGGUUUGAAAUUGACCACAUACAAAACGCAACGAUUGCGGCUGGUGUCGCAGUGGGAACCUCGGCAGAUUUGAUGCUCCACCCAUAUGGCUCUAUUCUCGUAGGGUGUGUAGCGGGAGCAGUAGCAACAUUGGGACUGAAAUACCUCGAGCCAUUCCUAGCCGUCAGGAUGAAGACCCACGACACGUGUGGGGUGAACAACCUCCAUGGCAUGCCUGGCCUGAUAGCAGGAAUUGUAGGGGCAAUAAUGGCAGCUCUAGCAACUCCAGACAUCUAUGGAGAAGAAAGCUUGUACAAGACAUUCCCAGCCAGAACUCCCACAAACCUCACAGGGUUAAAUCUAGACCACUUGGGAAUCGAUCCUGGCUAUGGCCGUAGUGCAGGCACACAAGGAGGGUACCAAAUGGCAGCUCUAAUGUGUACAUUAGUUAUAGCUGUUGUCAGUGGUAUUCUUGUAGGGUUCAUACUACGUCUUCCAAUCUGGAACCAACCUCAUGGGGAACAUUUAUUCGAUGAUGACCAGAUGUGGGUGCUACCAGAAGAUUAUACAGGAAUACAGAUUAAAUCUAACAGGGAAUUAUGGGAUGACUUUAAACAAUCAACACUGCUACAUCAGCAACAAAUGUCAAUGAAGACCAGUGGAUUUAAUCAAUGGUGGAUAUUAAUGACCUGUGGACCAACUUCAGAGGCAUGAGUGAAAAGGUUGAUUAUAAGCUGAACCCUGAAGCACCCCCUGAACUUCAAACCACAAAGACCUCAAAGGCGGCAGAGACCCCCAAGGCAACUCAACAUGUAAAUGAGGCCUAUGAUGACAACCAGGCCCUAUAGGUUAAAAAUCAGUUUAAGGAAAUAUUGGCAAAAACUACUGAACCAUAACAAAUAAAAAUUGUGGUAGGGACUUAUUAAAGUUUCAUCAAUAUGAUUAACCUCUUGACUACCUGGAGUGACGGAUUUCUUGUCACCUCAGAAAUGACCUUGAAACCCAUAGUGACGGUCACAAAUUUUCCACU